AUGGAGGAUAAAAGACCCACGGUGCCAUGGAGCAUGAAGAUCCUGUCUGUCCUGCUGGUCAGUCUGAUCGGCUUCGGGUCGCACUGGAGCAGCGGCGUGACGGGCGCGAUGAAGACCAGUUUGAAGAAGGAACUGCACAUUAACAAUGCGGAAUACGCCGUGUUGACGGCGAGCGAGAACUUCAUCAAGACCACCCUCAUCCUGGUGACGGGCAUGGUGACCGACCGGCUCGGGGGCGCCAGCACGAUGCUCUGGGGCAACCUGAUCUACUCUGCCGGGUCGAUUCUCAUCGCGGCGGCCACGACGGUGCGCAACUACCGCUUCAUGAUCUUCGGAGUGGUGGUGCAGUCGCUGGGCGAUGUCGCGACGCAGGUCGCGCAGUACAAAGUGUUUUCCUCGUGGUUCCCGCCUUCGCACGGCUUCGCCUCGACGCUGGGCUUCGAGCUGGGCCUGGGCAAGAUCGGCUCGUUUGUAGGCCAGGCGACGGCCAACGUGAUUGCCGACAAGACGGGCGAUUUCAGCUGGGUCUACUGGACAGCAGUGUUUAUGAAUCUCUUCACCAACGUCGCGACCGCCGUCUUCUGGUGGUUCACCCGCUGGUGCAACAACCGCUUCCGGAUCACCCACGAUCCCGCCACGGGCGAGAAGCUCACCGAGAACAACGACAAGUUCGAGGUCAGCAAGAUGCUGCGCCUGCCCUGGCCCUUCUGGAUGGUCUGCCUCUUCUCGCUCUUCCAGACCUCCACGGCCAGCAUCUUCUCCUCCAACAGCACCGAGCUGGCCGAGCAGCGCUUCGCCAUCUCCGCCGUCACGGCGGGCUGGUACUCGGCCAUCUCGCGCUACAUGGGCUUCUUCCUGGUGCCGCUGAUUGGGUUGUUCAUCGAUCUGCUCGGCCAGAGACUGUCGAUCAUGUGUCUGACGGGGUUGGGCAUGCUGCUCUCCAUGUGUCUGGCUGCCUGGGGGCCGACUGUUGCAGGAACCGCCGCCAGUUUCGGUGUCUACGCCGUCGCCUCUUCCAUGGGGCCGACGGUCAUCAUCGACAGCAUCCGCACCAGCAUGUGGUACCAGGAGGUGUUUGGCACCGGGUACGCCAUGAAGAUCGCCAUCAACAACAGCAUGAGCAUCAUCGUCGACAUCGUCGCUGGUGUCAUCCAGGACGCCGACAACGACAGCUACGACCGGGUUACCAUCUUGUACGUCGUGCUGGCUGCGGCAUCGACCGUAGUCGGCGGGAUCAUGCUUGCCAUGGGCUUCUUCGAUGAGAUGAUCGGCCGCUUGCAGUGGAGCAGAAAGAAGCGCGUUGCCAACGGAGACAGAAUCAACGAGCUCAAGGAGCAGUUCGAGACCGAUGGACGCGCGGAAUGGAAUCGCAAACUGUCCUUGUCUGCUUUUGCUGCUGUCAUUCUGCUGGUCUUGGGAGCGUGGGCAGCCUAUUUCUGGGGGAUUGCCACCAGUUAUUAUUGA